AUGGCAACCCCUUUUCAAACAGAGGCAUGGACGGAGUAUGGGCUUGGUGUCUUGGUUAUUCUUCUUCGCAUCUUUGCUAGAUGGAAAAUUGUGGGUUUUAAUUGGCAAGGCGACGAUUAUUUUGCCAUAUUAUGCCUGGUCUUCUGGACUGUAAGCCAGAAUGGAACCAACAUCGGAAUCACAAAUGAUAUCGGCGCAACGUUGACAUCGGAGGAGAUAGCCAAAUUUGAGUUUGGUUCCAAGUGCCUGCUGGCAGGCUGGAACUUUUAUGUAACCCUCAUUUGGUGUCUCAAAGCUUGCAUUUUGUUUUUCUUCAGUCGCAUCACGCUUGCUACAAGACAGCAGAAGAUUGUCAAAUGGACAGCCGUAGCGACAGGAUUAGCCUAUGUUGGUGUCAUAGCUGUCAUUUGGGGGCACUGUACACCUGUUCAAAGGAACUGGCAGGUGGUCCCUUAUCCAGGAGACGAGUGUACUUUGGCCGUUGCGAACUACUUGAGUCUUGUGGUACUCAAUAUUUCAACAGACUUCCUCAUUGUAUCAAUACCACUACCACUCUUGUGGGCCGUCAAGCUCAGUAUCAAACGAAAGCUUGCUAUUGGACUCCUGCUCUGCUCGGGCAUCUUCGUCAUGAUCGCCGCUUUGCUUCGCUGCAUCCUGUCGCUCAAGGACAUUGAAGGUAUCAAUGUCAGCACCAUCUGGGCAAUAAGAGAGACUUUUGUUGGAAUCAUCGCCGUGAACGCAGCCUGCAUCAGACCACUGUUUUCCUCCUCACAUUGGUUGAGGUCUACUAAGGGCAGCAGUGGAGCCAACCAGAAGUACCCCGGCUCAGGUGACAGAUACGGCCAUCAGUUAGUCACAAUAGGAGGUGGAGGGCAAAGUGUCGAUCGAUCUGGAUUGCCUUCAAAGAGACGGUACAACAAAUACAACAUGACGGAGCUGGACAACAACUCAAGCGAAGAGCAGAUUGUCAAAUCGUCCGACUCAGCCAGCUGGCCUCAAAAUGGAGGUCGCGACGGCAGUUUAAACAGCAAAUCUAGUGGGCAGCACGGGCAUGGUGGUAUUGUUGUGACAACUACGUAUGAGGUGAAGCCCGAAAACAAGGUCUGA